CUGUACGUUCCGAGGUUCCUUAUAAAUUAAAUCCGCCGUGCGCGCGUCCUCCUCCUUAUUGGCCAGGCGCAGCUGUUACCUCAUUGUGCAGCCGGUGACGCAGCUUCUUCACGUAUCCUUCAUGUGCGUCUGUUGUCGUUUCUUACCAAGUCUUGCCGUCUGGAUUCGGUGCGGACUCCGAGUGGCGCACGAAGCGUGUGCGCUACGAUACUGAACACUUUCCAUCCCAGGAGAAGAGCGGCGCACAAGACCAAGGGCUCUCUCUCUCUUCCACUCUCUCUCGCUCUGUGUCUCUCUCUCUCUCUUCUCUCUCCCGCACUGUCUCCCCCGCGAACACAUGCGCACACGCAAGUCCCGUCUCCACUUUGCUGUAGUAAAUUACAGCAUUGAUGUGAUCGGCCGGAGCGGAGCUCUCGCCCGCGUUCCGCUUUUCCUCGAAGUACCGACGCUGGAUGAAAUCUCAACGCAGAACCGCUCCAGUGCUCCUCUUGUGUGUCUGUGAGGACCCCUUGCCAUGCCGUUUAACUGCCCUGCGUGAUGCCUGAUCAUGACAGUACCUCACUCCUAACCAGACAGACCAAGCGUCGGCGUGUUGACAUCGGGGUGAAAAGGACUGUAGGUAACACAAUAUUCACCCGAACUAGGGAGGUCCUGUUUGACAGCAUGAACCAAUCGCAUGGCCCCGAUCAGGAUGGAGACUGCUCAAUGGUCACACACAGUCAUAGAGAAACAAAUGGCGAAGGAGAGAAAUCAAAUGUUUUGAGGAAGUUGCUAAAGAGGGCCAACUCGUACGAAGAUGCCAUAAUGCCUUUUCCUGGUGCUACCAUCAUUUCUCAGCUUCUGAAAAACAACAUUGGAAAGAACGGAGGCAGCGACUCCAACUUUCAGGGCAGUGGUGCGCUGUCCAGUGGAGGUUCAGAGAUCCAGGCUGAAGAUGCCUGCAGCAACACCUCCUCUCAUGACCGGGACAGCCCGUCUGACUGCUUGUCCCCAGGUCCUCCUCUACCACCUCCUCCUCGCUCCUCUUCCUUUGGGCGGCCACCACCUCCUUCAAACAUCAACUCCCACGCUACCCCUCAGCCCCUGUCCUCCUUUGACCUGGACAGGCUGUCGGAUGAGCACCUUCGCGCCAAACGAGCCCGUGUGGAAAACAUCAUCCGUGGCAUGAGUCACUCGCCGCUGGUCCGACCCAGUGCCACCGACCACAGCCAAGAAAGCAACCGAGAGAAUGGGGGCAGCAGCAACAACAGCACUGUCAGUAAUGACCACCGAGGGGAUGGCAGCAGCCACAAACACAGCAGAAGUGACUGCCCGUUGUCCCUCUUGAGCUCACCAGGUUCCCGGGUCGGCGCAGUCGGUGCCGGGGAGGUUUACCGGGAAAAUAAAAGAAAGCAGCGGCUGCCACAGCAGCAGCACAGCUUCACUCAGAUGGUGUGUUCAAGACAGGAGCAGAGGCAGGAGGAGAGAAGGCAGCUCAAACUCCAACUGGAAGAUAUGCAGAAACAACUGCGUCAGCUACAGGAAAAGUUCUACCAGAUCUAUGACUCAGAGACAGAGGAAGAAGAGGAACAUGGUGAAGGUGGAGAGGCUGACCGUGAAGGAGAGAGAGAAGAAGAUGGCAACCUGUCAGAAGAUAGCAUCCGUUCAGAUGGCCUGGAGGAGAGGCAUGGGGAAAGGGUGCAGGGCAGCCAUGACCACCUAUCAGAGCUGGACCCUGGCUUGUUCUUGGACAGGGCCAGAGCUCUCCUCAGAGAACAGGCCUUGAUUGAUGGAGAACUGGACGUAGAAGUGGAUGGCAGGGAGGAAGAGGAGAGGAAUGGAGAAAGGGUGGUGAAGAGGAGAGGGGUUGCAACAGGGGGUGAAGGAGGAAGGCAGUUAGCAGAGACCCUGAAGCAGGAACUGAACUGUGCUGUAUCACAGGUUGUCGACACUGUCGUUAAGGGUUUCUCCUCACCCAAACAGGCUGGGAGUCAUCAUCAUGGCUGUCACAACAGCACACCAGCCGCCCCCUCAUCUUCUUCCAACUCUUCCUCUUCCUGCCCCCCUCCCUUUGGUCCCCUCCCUCCUCUCACCCCAGACUCACGCUUUGGGAGCAGUGCCCUGGCCCUCAGUCUGAAUGGUGACAGCAGUCCGAACUCAAACUACCACUCCUCCAACCAGAGGCUGCACUGUUUUACAGAUGUCAUCGUUCCCAGUCCUCUGGAUUCUUUUGCCGGUUUGAGCGGCAGACUGAGUGGAAUCCUGACUCACAAUGACCAAACAGAGGCACUGCCACUGGUGGUGCGAAAGUCUGGUGGAGGAGGAGGCGAGAACACCAACCACUCUAUUCCUCCUCCUCCGCCUCCUCACCAUCCUUCCCUCCACCCCUCCCCCCUCACGGCCUCACUCGGGUUCAGCCCUCCAUCCUUUCGUCACCCAUUUCCCCUCCCACUCAUGGGAUAUCCAUUUCAGAGCCCACUUGCUUCUCAUGGAGGUGGGACUGGCUACCCUCCUGCACCCAAGGAUCAUAACAGAUCUUCACCUGAUUCCAUGGACAUGACUCGGGAAACAGUUAGCCUCAGAACCAAAAUGGCUUCCCUAGGAGGGGGCCAUCUCAGUCACCACCACCACCAUCACCACCACAGACAGGGCUCCCCAGGCCAACAUGGGCCAGAGAGUCUGUCCGUGUCCCUCAUCAAGUCUGAAUGUGGGGAUCUGCAAGACAUGGCUGACAUAUCGCCCUACUCCGGCAGCACCAUUCAAGAGGGUCUGUCUCCCAACCAUCUGAAGAAAGCCAAGCUGAUGUUCUUUUACACCCGCUACCCUUCCUCCAACAUGCUCAAAAUAUAUUUCUCCGAUGUCAAGGCUGCUAUGUGCUUUGUAAAGGAGCAUACGGCUCCUCGACGGAUUCAGGACGCUUGCCACAUCCUCAUUGGCUGCCAUGGCAACAAGGGUCGCUUGGACACCAGGUUGCAGGUUGCUAGGCAAACACAAGGUUGCUAA